AUGCACUGGUACCGCAACACGAGGGCCUCUUUCUCGAACGUAAGCGGAUCUUCCGUCGCUGAACAUUUGACGACCUCAGCGACCCCUAGUCACUGUAAAGAACUUUUUCGAAGUUCUUCCUGAAGGCUGUGGAAGACGCUGAUUGUGAACAAAAUUUUUGCCUCCUUGUGUAAACCGCCACCAGAAUUGACUUAGCUAGCUCGAGUAAUACGAAUGAGUGUUGUCCGUGCAGACGACGCCUCCUUCUGAUUGGAGACCCCAACUCUCAGGAUGAAGGCAUUUUUGAUGGUAGGUUGCGGUCGGAGUACUAUGAUAUCAGAUGGCUUGUUCACUUCUCUGGCACUUUUCCGUCUGCACACUGAAUUUUUGCCCUUACAGUUUGCAGUGGUUGCAACCACUGGGGAGACUUUUGACUUAUUAGUCAUCAUAGACGCCAGACAGUCUUCAAAUGGGCUAGCACUCAAGGUACAGUUUGCCUGGAAACCACCCGUGAGAGAAGGGUCGUCUCCAUAAGACUGCCUGCGAGGGCCCUAGAUACAAGGCCCCAAGGCUAAAUGCAAGCACCGUCUUCCGUCCUGAAAUCUAGAUCACUUGGCGAACCCUGCUCUCCCGAUGUUAGUCGAGAGCACCUGAGCCCGUGGCUCAGAAUUCCCAAGGACCAGUUGGCCGCCGUUCAGUCCUCGCGUCUUAACGGUCUCUGGUUAAGGUAUGACUGGUGACGGGGCCCGCCCUUAUUGUUGUUGUUGGUGACACCUCUCCAAACUUAACCCUAUUCGCUACUGACUGCAUCGAGUAGCUUUCAGGCAGACCGGUAAUCAAAACCCACCCUACUUGUCUACCUGCACCCUUCUCAGACAACUAAAUCUAAAUGUUUUACCCGGCCCUAUAAAGGCAACAGCUUUGUCGUCAACCGACAAUGCAGCCUAGUGGAGAACUAGUGACUCUUCGUAAGCGUAAGUACCAGUGCUGACCAUAUUUUCUCAUCAUCCUUCCAGGACGAGCAGCGUGCCCGAAGAGCAGCCGAGGGCCUCUCUGCAGAAGACGGUGGAAUGGAAGGAGACGAUUUGGGGGUUCGUGACUUUGCCGGCGAGCAGUUAAACCAACGCCUACUCUAUCGUGACCAGACAGACGCCUAUCUACAAUCAAGACACGAAACAGUACGCACCAUCGAGCACACCAUCGUUGAGCUGGGUCAGAUUUUUCAACAGCUCGCGACUAUGGUAAGUAGUGUUCAGUUGUUUUAUUUAUCAAGCAACGCCAGCUCUCUCGCCUCGCCUUUGUUCUCCCUAGCUGUCCGCUAGGCACACUGUUUUCCCAUGUAAUGCGUAUUAACAGUCUGUAACCCCUGAAAAGGACUAAUUGUAGGACGAAAUGCGGGCAUUCCGUUUUGCCCUGGAGUUCCCGUCCAUAUCCCUGACAACCGGUCGUAGAACGGUCGGUGACAAGUACUGAUAACAGUUCGGCUGGCGCAAGCGACGGCUUUCACCGUAUGGCGCAGCGCCGUUGACUUGCGAAGCGUCUAUCGCACUCGUUCCCCCCACCCGCCUUGCUCUGAUGGCAAGGUCAAAACAAGUGAAGAUGGGUGCGUGCGUGCUGUGUAGCAAAGUUAGACAGCCUGUUAUCUUUGAUGCAUUUUCCGCUAGAGCAAGUGGUUAUCUCGGCUGGUGAACCCCUCACAUCCCUUGGGUGGACGUGUACUCGGAACUUGCAGUCCAUCUACAAACUACCGACGGCUCAUGUGUCACCGAAGGUCACCCUCGUUAUCCAGUUUACUAGGCAGGUAAUCUUCACUGGUUGAUGACGGAAACUAAGUCAGGGAUGGCCAGUUCUUGUCGACACAGCACUAUUGAUUGCUAGCUGCCAUGUGACCGCCUGUAUGGUAUGUGAACCCUCCAUUUCCGUGCAAAACGGAAAUGCCCAAUUCCGCCCUGUAGUCUGAGUCAAUCGGUACGCGCCACUCCCAUGUGAUUAAAUAUUCACCACUUCCGGCAACACGAUCUCUCAACCCGUAGCUCAGAAGCGAAACCCUUGUCCGACUGACAGACUGUAUGCGGGCCAGAAAUCAGCAUCCCGUUGUCACUGUCGGUAGAACUUGGUGCAAUUUCCACGGCAGUUUGUAAUCUGACCGCCGAAGGGUUUCCGGCCAAAUCACAAGCCGUGUCCUCGAACCUGAGGCUGAAGACGACACCAUCCCGGUGGUCUGACAAUGAAGAAAGCGGCAGGAACCAGGACUCGCCAUGCCAUUUCAACGGUCUUAGCCUAUUCGCUGGUCCGAUGUGUUGUAAUUUCUGAUCCUCCCAUCGGCUAAAAACCAUGCUGCGGCUGUAGCAGAUCCGUUUGCCGCCUCUUCUAUCCGUUUACGUAUCGUCUGAUUAUUUGUGUACUGAUACGUAGUCUUUUAGGCCUUCAACUAAUGGCGUUCUUGUCUUUUCUCGCGUCAAUCCAGGUGCAUGAACAGGAGGAGAGCGUCCAGCGCAUUGACGCCAACGUCGAGGACGCAGUUGCCUCGGUAGAGGCCGGCCACAAUGAAUUGUUGCGUUACUUCCGCUCCGUCAGCUCCAAUCGUUGGCUGAUGUUUAAAGUCUUUGGCGUACUGUUUGCCUUUCUCCUCUUCUUCCUCAUCUUCGUUGUGUGA